UGCAACAAUCGCUAGCAUUUCAGCUAUGUACGUUGAGGUGCCGAUGUUGUCAGCUUACUUGUAUAUGCUACAAAUCCUGAUAGGAACAACAGACUCGAUUUUGAAUGCUGUAAUUGUUGAUUUAUAUCCAACAAAUGUGAGAGCAACUGCGAUGGCAAUUGGUUCAGUAGCAGGUCGCCUCGGAAGUGUGUUCUUUGCUUACGUAAUAGGACUAUUGCUUGACUAUCAUUGCUCGGAGGCGCUUGUGAUGACUUUCUCGUUGUACAUUCUGUGCGCAUUUCUAGUAAUUUUCAUCCCGAAUAUACAUAAAAGACCGGAAAAGAAAACUGUUAGUUCGGUUGGUGAUGAAGCUUCAAAUAAACCUGUAGAAUAA